AUGUCUUACUUCGAUGAGAACACAUUGACGACGGUCCAAGACCUCCAAAAGAAUCUGAGCUAUCCUCCCAGCACCGCGCACAAACCCGAGCUCCUCAAGGAAGAGGAAGAGAUCCUAGAAUUCUACAAGGGAUGGGCGCGCUGCCUGAACCGCGACUUUCUUGACGACUCCGAGUCCGGCAAGCCCUUCUACAAGAUCGAUGAAGUGGUCACAUUCGAUCUCUUCGGUUUCACCGGCCGUGGUGCUUUCAAGGAGCACUUUGAGGAGACUUUCCCAUAUUUCGCAAACGCCAAAGUCGACUUCAAAGACCUCGAAGUCUUCGCGACAUCCAAGACGUCUGGUUAUGCGACUAUGGUGCAGCGCCUUCGCGGCAAGUCCAAGGACAACAAGGAGUUCGAGAUGAUCUACCGCAUCACAGGAGUGCUGUCCAAGGAGAAUGGUGUCUGGAAGUGGGUGCACGAGCACGUGUCGUUCCCGGUCAACAUGGCGACGAGGGAGGCGGACUUCACUUCCUCGAUUGAUCCGAAGAAAGCGUUCUCAUUUUAG